AAGCCAGUGCCAGCGGACGGAGCCGAACAACAACAUCACAGGACGACCCACAACAACCGGGGCCUGGCAGCAUGGGGACCGUCGGCUGCUUGAUGCUGUUUAUGAAGACAAACCCCCGCCUGCCACUCUGCCUCAGACACAGACUACUCACAGAUGACGGCCGACUGUUCCCCGAGCGAUGCAGACACUCCUGGAGGGCUGGUGGCAUAAGAAGAUGUAUUAUAAGAACCCAGUCAACUCAAGUUCAGACCACAGCACCCAAGCCACAACAAAGAGCCUCCAUCACCAAGAAAACAAAGCAAGCUACAGAGGAGAAAGCAUGCGCGAACAAACAUAUGCACAGUAGUGCUAUGUUAGAACAUUCUUUGGCAAAUGUUUGUGCUGUGUCAACCAGUAAGGGGCUGCCAUUGUUUAAGGAGGAGAGUUCCAGCAUGCCAGAUUGUGAAGUUUAUGAAAAGGAUGUACAUUUUUUCACCUCUUUCAAUAAGGAAAAUUGGACUUUUCCCACAAAUGUUAGUGACAGUGUUAGAUGGAACCAAAGAACAACUCACACAUACGACUCGUGUUUUAUGUUACCCGACUGUGUUUCAAAUAGUGUGAAGAUGAGUGAAGAAAAAUUGAAUGUGUUGUUGGAUGAUAAUUUCAUUCUGCAAGAUGAGUUAUCCCGAUCUGGAAGACCAUUACCUAGUGAUAUUAAACCUCUGAUCAUGGAAAAUGAUAGUAUGGGUGUAGAUGAGUGUACCAGUGCUGAAAAUGUAGAUGUUUUACCUGUAACUGAAGGAAGCAAUGCAGUGCCAUUACAGAGUGGAAAGCAAGUUGGUAAAGCUAAGAGAAAAGGAAAAAAAGUUAUUUCAAAGAAGGCCACUGCUCUAAAGCAUGAGAAGGCAAGUAUAGCAGUCAGUGAGAAAGCUGCACUACAACCAUCGAAAAAGAAAAAAGUGCCUAAGCCAAAAUCACAACAGAACUUGACUGCUUCUGAAGUGUUGGGUGUUUUGGAGGAAGACAUUAAGGUGCAGGAACCAAUGAAAGACAGUGCCACAAAGGCUAAAUCAUCACCCAAGAGUAAGACGGGAGUAAAGAAGAGUAACAAGCUAUUGAAGAAGGAGGAAGAAAACAAAUUCUUUAAAGAAGUGAGACGAAGAGGCCGAGAAGCCAGUUUUAACCAGUCGCUGGCUGCAUAUGUCAGUGUGUGUAUCAACUUGGGCAUGUUGAAUCGUGCCACCCACACCCUCCUCUACUACCGCCAGUGUUCCCGGCACUCAGUGCGGAAGGAUGUUUGUCAGAGAGUCACUACUAUCAAACCAUACAACAUUGUCCUUGAGGGACAUGCCCACAAAGGAAACUGGAAAAGGAUGAAGGAGCUAUACAAGUGUCUUGAAGAAGAUGAAAUAAAACCAAAUGAAACUACAUUUAUGUGGCUUCUGAGCUGCCUGGGUCGUCAAGAGAAAUCAGCAAGCAUAACUGAAAGCAUUAGAAUGUGUUUAGAUUCCAUGGAGAAAGAGGGCAUUUCAGUUCAGUCUGUGUUCAGCCAAGCUGAAGUUCUUCAGGAUGAUGUGGAUUUUGCACUGAAUGCUGUUACUCAGCUGGACCCAGAUUUUGAGUUGCAGCAUAGAAAAGCAGCAUCUGGUUACUACUGUAACUUGGUUAACGAACUGAAUGAGAACAUGUACUCCACUAAGGUACCAUCCCCAGCACACGGUGUAGCCACUCAGGAGCAGCUGCAGAAAUGGGCAGAGGAACAGUUUGCAGUGGAAGCCAGUGGUGAAUUGGUUAUUAACAGCAUUGAAAAGAGAGAAGAUUCAAAAGACACCCACCAUUACAGAAAAAUGCUGCAUGACUGGGAGGAGAAAUGGAGAGGUGUGCUGCACCAAACUUUUUUAACUCAGCUGGGAGCAUUGAAAAAGUCAUUUUAUGGAAAUGGUCUGGACAGAAGAAUGUCAAUCUACCCCUAUUUAGUGAGCUUGCCACCAGAGGAAUUCAUCAGUGUGAUGAUGCAGGAAAUACAGAGGCUAGCUCGUGGGUCAGAAAGCUUUUCCCUCAGUAAGUACAUGAUGUACCGCCGCCUUGGAGAGCUGGUGUACAUGCGCUACCUAGUCAAGUACAAGAAGGAAGUUGGCAUUCUGGAGAAACUCAAAGCAGUCUACAAGGAUUACCUCACUUGGUACCUUGACAAUGACAGAGAAGAGGGUGUCACAUAUAUUCCACGUGUGCGAUGGCAGGAGCUGGCUGCCCAGAAUUGCAGUGGCCCCUCAGUGGAGCACAGUCCAGUGGAAUGGCCAACUACUGUUCUGUCAUCCAUUGGCAAAUUCAUGUACUCCAUUAUGCUCCUAAAAGUGAUGCUGUGGAAUCCCCUUCACUCACAGAAACAUGUGUAUCCGGCCAUGUAUGAAGUGGAGCGGAACAAAGGCUACCGCAUUGUGGAUGAGAUCAAGCCCUCGCCAUCCCUGGUGGAGCUGUACCUGAAGGCUGCCAAACCCACACUGACCUUUGAGUCCAUUGUGUCCCCAAUGGUCUGCCCACCCUUGCCUUGGGUGUCCACUAAGCUGGGAGGAUAUCUGCUCAAUAAUGCUAAAAUCGUAAGGUUACCUUUCAAUGCCCACCAGCAGAAGCAGAGGAUGGAGGAGUGUGGGAACCAACAGCUGUACCCAGUAAUGGAUUCCCUUAACCAGCUAAGCACAAUUCCCUGGAAAAUCAAUAAUCCCAUGCUUGAUAUUGUUAUUCAGCUGUUUAACAAUAAUGGUUGUGAUGAACUAGAUAUCCCCCAGCCGCCAUCUCAGUGCCCAGAGCCACAGAAAAUCCAGCCUGGCAUGAGCAAGGCUGAGAUACACAAGAUUAGGAACCAGUGGCUGGAAUAUGAGCAGAGGAAGAACGAGAUGCAUUCCCUGCGGUGUGAUGGAUUAUAUAAACUCUCAAUGGCUGAUCACUUCCGGGACCGUGUGCUGUGGUUCCCCCACAACAUGGACUUCCGAGGAAGGGUAUAUCCCUGUCCUCCUCACCUCAAUCACCUCAGCUCGGAUGUGUACCGCUCCAUCCUCCAGUUUGCAAAAGGAGAGAAAUUGGGGCCAGAUGGUCUGCAUUGGCUCAAGUUGCAUCUCAUCAACUUGACAGGGAUUGUGAAGAGAGAGGCCAUCAAGGAUCGCAUGAAGUACUGUGACUCCGUCAUGGAGGACAUCCUGGACUCUGCUGACCACCCUCUCACUGGCCGUCGAUGGUGGACCAAGAGUGAUGAGCCCUGGCAGACACUGGCAGCCUGUAAAGAGUUAGCAAGUGCUCUUCGAAGUGGCAAUCCAGAGGAGUAUGUCUCUUACCUGCCAGUACACCAAGAUGGUUCUUGCAACGGACUGCAGCAUUAUGCAGCGCUUGGGCGGGACAAGAUUGGUGCCAUAUCUGUUAACUUAGCACCCAGUAGGGCACCUCAGGAUGUUUACUCAGAUGUUGCUGUGCUGGUUGAAGCUGAAAGAGAAAAGGAUGCUGCAAAGGGCAACAAAGUGGCCAAGGUUCUGGAAGGCCAUGUGAAGCGCAAGGUCAUCAAGCAGACCGUCAUGACUACUGUUUAUGGCGUAACAAGAUAUGGUGCUAGACUUCAGAUUGAGAAACAACUUAAAGCUUUGGAUGACUUUCCCCGUGACCAGCGCUGGGCGGCGUCACACUACCUCGUACACAAAACCUUCUUCUGCCUAGCAAAAAUGUUUACUUCAACCAAAGAGAUUCAGAAUUGGUUUACUGAUUGUGCCAAGAUAGUAUCUGAGACCAGAGGUGAAAAUUUGGAGUACGUCACACCCCUGGGCCUGCCGGUGGUGCAGCCGUACAGCAAGUUUAUUGGAGACCAAACAUCCAUAGCAAACCUUCCAGCAACAUUUUGCAUGGACUCAUUCAUGAAGCCAAAUGUGAUGAAGCAGAAGAAUGCAUUUCCUCCAAACUUCAUUCAUUCCCUGGACUCGUCACACAUGAUGCUGACUUCCCUUCACUGUCAGCAAGCCGGUAUUACCUUUGUGUCAGUACAUGACUGCUUCUGGACUCAUGCCUGCUCUGUUGAUGUCAUGAAUAAGAUCUGCAGAGACCAGUUUGUUGCCCUGCACAAUGAACCUAUUUUAGAAAAUCUUUCCAAAUUUUUACAAAGAAAGUUUGGAUUACCCAAUAGUGAAUUUGCAUAUGAUGGCUCUGAUCUGGAUUCUUCCAAAAUGAGGCUCAAUAACAUAGUGAGAAGAGUGCCACAUAAAGGACAGUUUGAUAUAAAUAAUGUUGUAGAUAGUUUGUAUUUCUUCUCAUAGAAUAUAUUGUACAUUUGUU